CAAUGGCCAAGCAUCUCCUCUACCUUGCCUUUGGCUUGUCGGCCGUAUUUGCCCAAUCGACAUCUCUCGACUAUUGCCAGGCUCUGGUCGAUGUCAUGUCGCUGUGCGAGGCAGAAACCAGUGACUUUACCCUGCUCCCCGCGACCUCGCAGGCGUCUUGCCUCUGCACUACCCAAAUCUCCACGUUGACCUGGGGUCCACAGGAGUUCGACGAUCUGGCCUCCUUAUGUGCAUCACAGUAUGCCACUAUCGACACCGAAAUUGCCAGCGAUGCCAGUGCGCUGGAAGGCUUCUGCACGAUGUUCGCAGCCGAUGCACAAAUCACUUCUUCUCCUCCAGCCGCAUCAGCGACAACUUCGGCCACCCCUGGGAAUAUCAUCCAAGGAAAUUCGCUCACGGACUCUGGACCCUCCACCCAGGCAGGCACAACGCAAACCCCUGCUGCAGAGACUCCUUCCACAACUCCAGCCCCUUCCGCGUCUUAUUCUGUUGUCACCGUCGGCGGAUCGACCCCGAGCGCAAAUCCCAAUUCGAACCCCGCAGCAAGAGUCGACCAUAAAGGGAGCGAAAAGCUGACUGGGGGGCUGGUGGUUGGUCUCUUGAGUUAUCUGGGGUAUUUACUUGUUUGA